CUCGCCUCGGGAGGAGUGACGUCAUGUCCCCUCGGGGUUUUUGGGGAGGACCCGUGACGUGUUCGGGGUCUUCGCGAGGAGCCGAGGUCGUGAGCGGUAGGGAAUGAGAGAGAGGCAUGCAAACUCCACAUCUACAGCAUGCGUCGGGGUCGGGAUAGAACCCACGAACUCCUAUAUACAAGGCAAGUGGAGGCCCGAGCGUGUGGCCUACUGGAGGCCCGAGCGUGUGGUCUAAUGGAGGCUCGAGCGUGUGGCCUACUGGAGGCUCGAGCGUGUGGCCUACUGGGGGCCCGAGCGUGUGGUCUACUGGAGGCUCAAGCGUGUGGUCUACUGGAGGCCCGAGCGUGUGGCCUACUGGAGGCCCGAGCGUGUGGCCUACUGGAGGCCCAAGCGUGUUGCCUAGUGGAGAAUCGAGCGUGUGGUCUACUGGAGGCCCGAGCGUGUGGCCUACUGGAGGCCCGAGCGUGUGGCCUAGUGGAGAAUCGAGCGUGUGGUCUACUGGAGGCUCGAGCGUGUGGCCUACUGGAGAAUCGAGCGUGUGGUCUACUGGAGGCCCGAGCGUGUGGCCUAUUGGAGGCCCGAGCAUGUGGUCUACUGGAGAAUCGAGCGUGUGGUCUACUGGAGGCUCGAGCGUGUGGUCUACUGGAGGCUCGAGCGUGUGGCCUACUGGAAAAUCGAGCGUGUGGUCUACUGGAGGCUCGAGCGUGUGGUCUACUGGAGGCCCGAGCGUGUGGCCUACUGGAAAAUCGAGUGUGUGGUCUACUGUAGAUUCGAGCGUGUGGUGUACUGGAAAAUCGAGCGUGUGGUGUACUGGAGAAUCGAACGUGUGGUCUACUAGAGGCCCGAGCUCCUGCUGCAGCUACUACGGCUCCUGCUGCAGCUACUACGACUCCUGCUGCAGCUACUACAGCAGUUACAGCUCCUGCUGCAACUACUACAGCUACAGCUCCUGCUGCAACGACUACUGUGACCGCGGCAGCAGCUACAGCAGCAACUACAGCAGCUGCUGCAGCUACUACAGCAGCUGCAGCGGCUGCUACGGCUGCUGCAGCAGCAGCUACAGCAGCUACAGCAACAACGGAUACAGCUACAGCAGGUGCUGCAACUACUACAGCAGCAACUACAGCAGCUACAGCAACAACGGGUGCAGCUGCAGAAGCUGCUGUGACUACUACAGCGGAUGCAGCAGCUGCUGCAGCUACAGCAGCAACUACAGCAGCUACAGCAACGGGUGCAGCUGCAGUGGCUGCUGCGACUGUUGCGGCGGCUGCAGCGGCUGCUGCAACUACUACAGCAGCAACUACAGCAGCUACAGUAACAACGGGUGCAGCUGCAGCGGCUGCUGCGACUUGCAGCAGCUCCAGCGGCUGCUGCGACUAUUACAGCAGCAGCUACAGCGGCUGCAGAAGCUGCUGCGACUACUACAGCAGCAGCUACAGCAGCUACAGCAACAACGGAUGCAGCUACAGCAGCAGCUGCUACAACAGCAGCUGCAACUACUCCAGCAGCAACUACAGCAGCUGCUACAACAGCAGCUGCUACAGCAGCAGAAAGUUACAGUCGCAUCAACGGAUCCAGCUACAGCAACGUCUACAGCAGCAGCUACAAUGGCCAUGUUAAUCCAUUGUCCACGUGAAGAUUUGGGUCCUCAAGCCAAACGAGUGCGGACACAAGAUGAUGUGGAAACACAGAGACACGAAGACACCGGGGCACGGAGACACAGGAACACAGUGACAGAGAAGCACAGAUAUACAGAGACACACAGAACAUAUGUGGAGACUUGGACAAGAGACACAGGGGUGCGGAGCAAUGAAGACACAGAGAUAAAGAGCAGAGACUCCACUACUGCUACUGAUGAUGCUGCUGCUGUAGAUGAUGAUGUCGAUGAUGAUGAGUAUGCUAUAGAGUGGUUUGAGAGCCAGCGUGAAGUGGAGCGAGAAUUCCACCCCACGAGAUGUCUGGAGAGGCAAAUACAGGUUCUUCCUUCGUCUCGCUGCGUGCUCGUGUCGUGGCUGAUCCCCGUGCGGCGCCACCUGUCCCUGUCGCUGCACUCUCUGUCGCUCGCGCUCUCCCUGCUCGACCGCUUCCUGGCUCGCGUACCGCUCGCCUCCGACUGCCUCCAGCUGCUGGGCGUUGCGUGCCUGCACAUUGCCGCCAAGCAGGUGGAGGUGACGGCCCCCCGCGCCUCUCAGCUUCUGGAUCUGUGCGGCAGAGCUUUCACCACCCAGCAGCUCAAAAACCUGGAGCGUCUCGUUCUCCUCCGUCUCAAAUUCCGGCUCCUGGCUCCCACGGCUGCCGACUUCCUUUCCUUCUACUUGAGCAGGGAGCGCGGGGAAGCGGCACGAGGAAGGGCGCUGGGGGAAGCAGAAAUGGAAGCAUCAUUAUCCCCACCACCAUCACCGGUUCUACUAGCAUCGUCAUCAGUGGCAUCUUUAAUAUCAAAACUUCCACCAUCAACAGCAGCACCAACAACACUAUCUCCACCACCAUCACCACAAACACCAUUAGCAGAAAGAUGCACACUAUCUGCGCCAAUAUCACAACCGCCACCACUCCCAUCACAUCCAUCGGCAGCAACAACGAAGGGAUCAGUUGUACGCUGUCUUGCAUACAACCACGACAGCAACCCUAAUCGCUACCCAUAUCCCAAUCACACAACGCCCACUAACCACAACUCCACAACCACCUCCACUACCACAGAGAAGUCCUCUCUCUCCCCCGUUUAUUCCUUCUCGGCACUCAGCUGCCUUUCAGAGCAGAUCCUGGAGCUGAGUUUUGCAGACUACGCCUUCAACUCAUUUCCAGCUUCCACGCUGGCGUUGGCUGCGCUCGAGGUGGCGUCGCGUCUGCUGGGGUGGUCUAGGAUCAACGAUGGAGACAACAGAAGGAAGAAGCUCCCGCUGAGAUUAAGCAGGGCUUUGUGGCUGGACUGUGUGGGGAGGCUGUGUCUCCUCGUGUCCCUCAACCAGAAUAUUUUGCCCACGCCACACGAGCUGGGCCUGGCAGGGACGAGCAGGUUCUACGACCUCGAUAUGUAGACGGUAGGGGGUGGGGGUCUUGAGAUUUAGGGAGACCGGGUUUUGGGGUAAUGAGUCUCAGGGAGACACGGUCAGGGUCUUGAGACUCAGGGAAAUGGGGUCUCGGGGUCUUGAGACUCGGGGAGACCGGAUCUCAGGGCCUUGAGACUCGAGACCGGAUUUCAGGGUCUUGAGACUCGGGAAGACCGGAUCUCAGGGUCUUGUGAUUUGGGAAGACCACGUCUCAAGGUCUUGAGACUCAAAGAAACUGGAUCUCGAGGUCUUGAGACUCAAGGAGGUUGGGACUCAGGUGAGGGUGAUCACUUGUCGCUAUCUUGCCAAAUUCCUAAUAAAUAUAAAUUGACUGAAAUGAGAUAGUGUAUAAAGGAGACCGAGAUGCACCUAGAUGAAUACAGAUAUUGUUCAUUGCAACUUAGAUUAUCGUAGCUGAAUUGAACGUUGUACUGCAUUGUUUAAUGAUCUUGUAUUACCUUUUACACCGUGCAGUGUUUAUUAUCUAUAGGUUAAUAUAGCAACCCAAGAGCGAGUGAGUUUGUGAUGUAAAGUAUAAUGAGGGUUAGAGAUUUAAAUCUGUAUGUGGCUCAAAAACCUGAUUUCAACAGACAACUUAGUGCGGGCGGAAAAAAAAUAUUUUCGGCAUACAUAUGAAAGGAUUAGUCUCAUACCGUGUUCAACAGAGGUCUCUUUAUUAGAUGACCCACAGAUGUCCCCCACUUAGAACUUCUUUUGCUCUGCUCUUUUUUAUCCCCUGGUCCACAUUCCUUGCCACUCAUUGUCCAAGGCUUUUUUCCCAGAAGAUGACUUGGUGAACAAGCAUCUCCGAGUUCCCUAAGUAAUCGCUGCCCCAGGAUAUAAUGAACUGGCCAGGUGCCGCGGAGUCUCCAACACAUACAUAGCCGCCAUUUGCCACUAAGUGACGGUGACGUUACCACGGUGCCAAAAUUAUCUCCGGUCAUUCUCUAAGUGGUUUUUGGCUAGCCAUCGUACCGGAAUGAUCUUCCUUCCGAUAUUUGGAAGCCAUUGGAGCUAUGCACUUUCAAAUCUAGAUUAAAAACUAAUUUGAGAACUGCUUUGUGUUUAGUUUGUUGUCCUUCCCCACAUCGAUGAUUAGCACAGUUGGUACGGUGCGAAAGAUCAACAUACAUACAGGCUAUGUGCACUUUGAGGCCACGUGAAGUGUCGAAUGUUUUCUGCUGCUGGCAUUGAUAGGACAGACAGGUGCCAUGGGUUAACAGAGAUGACUGGCAGAGAUGACAUCGUAUGUACCGAAGCCCUCAACCAUGCAAGUCAAGCGAAAACCACCAGUUCGGCCGUCCACAUACUCACUUUAUCGAUGGUGGGCCAAGACAAUAUGACCACCUGGCAGUUCUUCUCAACUAGUGGUUUCACGUGCAUAAGCACAAGGCUAAGAACUUCUAUGUAACGGGUGAGAGUUGAGGAGUGUGACCGAUGUUAAUUUCCAAUGCUAUUCCUUUUGCAAACUUCAUUUUAUAAUGCCGGAAAUUACAAAAAAAUAAAUGCACAAUGAAAACGUCA